AUGGCGCCGCUCACGCAGCGAUCGAUGGAGGCCACGAAGGCGUCGUUCACGACCAUCUUCGGCGACCAAGAGACCGAGUGCGCGUCCGCGCUCGAGGGCCACGUCCGCGUGCACCAGUCCUCCGCGCCGCCGUUCACGCUCGGCCUCCCCUCCGGUCUCGCGCGGUCGCAACAGCUGUACAUGAUGCAGCGAUUCUUAAACAUCCCCGCGACGCCGUCCUACGACGACAGCAAGGGCGUCGGCGACGGCCUCGUCCUCGACCGCGUCGUCGCGAACUUCGGGGGACGGUCGUGGUGGAACACGUUCACGCUCCGUCUGCGCGCGCAGCGGGCGUGGAACACGCAGCAGUUCAGCGAGGGGAAGCCCCACCAGGUGCUCUCCGAUCCUUCCAUGUACGCGUUGUCGGGGCGAUUCCGCGCCGGCGUUGGACGGUCCACGGCGCUGAAAGCGUUCGGCGAGCUCGGUUCUCUGCGCGGUCUGAACGAACUCCGCAGGAAGUUCAUGCGCUCGCGAGAUCCGAACGCCGCCGCGGCGUCGAACGCGCCCGCGCCCGCGCCGGCGCUGAGCAGCGACGAGAUCCCUCGCGGACGCGUCGCGCUCCAAUCGAAAUUCUUCCCGUGGCACGUCGCGCACGCGGACCUGUCGCACCGCGAGCGGUACCAGACUUCGGAGGGGUACGAAGACGGUCCAUCGCACGCGAGCGUGACGAUCGCGUCGAGGGGGCCGCAGUUCCUGAACUACAGGUUCGGCGUGCGUCAGUGGCUGGACGAGACGUUGCCGGAGUUUGAGCGAGCGCCCGGCGGCGGCGCGCGGCCGCCGCCUCGUCGCGAAGCCCUCGCGGGGGUCUCGAUCGAGCAGCAGGCGACGCUGUGGCGCGGCGAAAGGCGCGCGCCGCCGCCGGGGAAGCGCCCGGGCGGGUACGCCGCGCUGCCGCAGCGGCCGAACGUCACGAUCGGCGGCCUCGUGGGCGCGCUCGCGAGGAUGCCGCUGGUGGACAGCGCGGGGGGGUGGACGAAGAACGAGACCGAGCUCAGGCACGUCGUGUCCGGGACGCUGCACGCGUCCGUGGGGUCGUACUUGCGGCCGAUGCUGGACUACACCGCGAUCGACGUUCGGUACGACGCCGGGGCGAUGCAGCCGCACCGACCGCUCGCGGACGCGAAGCCCGAGGGCGAGACGUCGUGGGUGGAGAAGUUGAUCAGCCGCGGCGGGAAAGCGACGCUCGAGUCCGAGAUCGUGACCCUGAGCGCGACGCAGCAGCUCUUAGGGCCGCUGAAGCUCAGGGCGGAGGUGAGGUGCACGCCGAAGGCGUUAGGGGCGGCGAUGGGGAGCGCGUGGACGGGGUUCAAGGGCGGCGGCGGCGGCGGCGGCGGCGGCGAGGUCGCCGCGGAGGGCGAUGACGCGGCAGCGACCGGCGCGACCGGCGGGUUCGGCGCCGCGUGGACCGCGUGCAAGGGCGAGAUGAAAGGCGCGGAGCUGAUAUACGGCGUGGAUUGCCCGUUGCCCCCCGCGCUCGGCGCCGCGAGGCUCGUGGCCUGGUACAACGUCAACAGGAGAGAGGCGAUGGCGGAGAUGCGUCUGUUCGAUCUCUAGUUCGCUCGCGCGUUUGUUCAAUAAAGCCUAAGGACAUUCGUCUCUCGCGAUCGUCGUCACGCCGCGCUCGCCGGGCGCUCUAACACGAGCCCGACCUCCAUGAUCUCGACCGGCCCGUCCGGGGUGUCCACCGGCACGGCGUGCGACUUGAUGGCGUCCAUGACUUUGUCGAACGGCUUCUGAUCGCACACGUAGAACGCCUUGCAGUUCGUGCUCUUCGGCGGGUUCAACCACGCGGUGACGUCGAUCACGCCCGGGACGUUGAACACCGCGGUGGUUAUCCGCAAGAUGUCGCCAACCUUCACGUCCGCCUUCGCGGCGUUCGACCCCUCGACGACCUCGUCGACGACGAUCUGCGUGUAGAUGCCGACGGUCUUCUCCUCGAACGCGAUCCCGAGCGGGCGCGGGAUCGUGACGAUGACCGCCUCGCUCCCCGGCUCGAACUUCGCGGUCACCGGCGCGGGCGUCUCCCCGCCGAGGGCGAUCUCGAAGUCUUGCUCGAAGCCGCCGGAGGAUCGCGCGCGGCGGCCGUCCUCCGCGAGCGCGAUGCCGCCUCCGGUGUAUCCGUCCGCGUUCGCCGCGCGGACGACGUGGCGCGACGCGCGGCGAUGGGCGGACGCGCGGCCGGCGGCGCGGAGACGCAGAGGCGCCGCGGGAGUGGCGAGGAGCGCGCGCAUGAUGCGGACGACGACGCGGGUCCGACGCGGCGGCGCG